CGCCCCGCCCCCCUUAAGACUUCUCUCAUCAUUCCUUGCAGAAACACAUGUUGCCAAGUUAUUGGGUCAUCAAGUUUUACUACUAUGUAACCCGUGGAAUUCCUAGCUAGACUAGUGUACAUGCAAAGAAAAAGGAAGUGGGGAAAAUGUGUGAUGUGAUGUGUGUGUUUCUUUGCCUGCAGGAGAGUUCCCAGAUUUCCUUUGACGUGGUAAGGUCGGUCUUCAUUCGUCAGAAGCUGGGUCCGCUUUCCCCGUUCUCUCUCCUCCGUUCCCUUUAUCCCCCCAUCCGUCCGUCUUUGUUCUCUGAUCCCCCCGCGGACAAAGAGCAAGGGACAGAGUUUCGUUGCCGCACCUUCAUCUGGAGCAGCGACUGGAACGGUCGGCCAUGGUGCGCUUGUUGCUUUGUGGACUGUACCCGUACUGGACUGGAUCACGUGAUCCCGUCGACGACGGUUUCUCUCCGCCGUCCUUUCCAGCCGCUGUUUUCGAAACGCCUCUCUCUCUCUCUUUCUCUUACGAGUGUGGGUAUCGUACCCCAUUGCCAUGCAGGAGAGAGGGCUUUCUAGCCCCGGAUGAAGCAACCAAGUGGUGUCGAAGGAACCUUCCGUCGGGGGGAGGGGGGGGAAAUGACUUGUCAUCAUGUUGUCCUGGACUGCCGCUCUCUCUCUCACGCAGCAUCAUCACAAGCACACACACACAUGCAACAAGUUACCGAGAAGAAGAGAGGAAGUUGACCCGCCCAAAGUCCUGUGAAUUUCUUUCCAUCUACCUGUUGUGUUCUGUGUUCCUCCCCCAGCCACUGACCCCCCCCCCCC